AUGGAGGCGCUGAACGGCCCCGGCCCGGGGCCCGGCGACGCGCUGCGGCCGCCGCCGCCGCCUUCGCCCGGCCACCACCACCCGCACGCCGAGAAGAAGCGGCUGCACCGCGCCCCGUCGCCCGCCAGACCCUUCCUCAAGGACCUGCACGCCCGCGCCGCCGCCAAGCCUCCGCCCGCGCCCCCCAAGUCCCCCGGCCUCCCCGCCCGGGCGCCCCCGUCGCCGCACCCGGGCGCCCACCAGCGCUCCGCGGGGCUCCUGGCGGCGCCGGGCCGCCUCUCCCGUCGUCCCGCCGCCCCGGGGGGCAAGGCGGCCGCCGCCGCCGUCACCGCCGUCGGCAGGGCGGGCGCCAAGGCCGCCCCCUGCGCCAAGCGAGCAGCCCGCGGUCCGGAGCCGGGGCCCGGCGGCCGAGGAGCGGGGCGGCAGCCCGGCGGGGAGGCGGCCCCGCCGCCCGGCAAGGGCAGGAAGGCGAAGCGGGGCGGCGCGGCGGGCAGCGGCCAUGCGGCGGCGGCGCUGGCCCGCGUCGGCCACACGGACAGCAGCUCCGACCUCUCCGACUGCCCCUCCGAGCCGCUCUCCGACGAGCAGCGCCUGGCCCCAGCCGCCAGCAGCGACGCCGAGUCCGGCACCGGCUCCAGCGACCGCGAGCGGGAGCCGCCCGCCGCUCAUCCCGCCGCCGAGCCGCCCCGCGCCGGCCACGGCCCCGGCCCCGGGCGCGGAGCUCCGCCGGCCCUCGGCUCCCGCGGGGAUGCGCUGCCUGCGGCCACGGGCGGGGGGCGAGCCUCGAGCGGCUGGGAGCCGCCGCCGGCGGCCCCGGAGGAGCUGCAGCGGGAGGUGGAGGAGCUGCGCUCGGAGAACGAGUACCUCAAGGAUGAGCUGGAUGAACUUCGGGCUGAAAUGGAAGAAAUGCGUGACAGCUAUUUAGAGGAAGAUGUUUACCAGCUGCAGGAGCUCCGGCGAGAGCUGGACCGGGCAAACAAGAAUUGCCGCAUUCUGCAAUAUCGUCUCAGGAAAGCAGAACAGAAAAGCUUGAAAGUUGCACAAACAGGCCAUGUGGAUGGAGAGCUCAUUAGGAGCCUGGAACAGGAUUUAAAGGUAGCCAAAGAUGUUUCUGUCAGACUGCACCAUGAGCUGGAGAGUGUGGAGGAGAAACGAGUUAAAGCAGAAGACGAAAAUGAAGUCCUUCGGCAGCAAAUCAUUGAGGUGGAAGUAUCCAAGCAGACGCUGCAAAAUGAGCUGGACAAGUUAAAAGAGGUAAGCAAUUGUCAGAAAAGCCAUGCAGAGCAGUAUUGCUGGAUUAGAAUGGAAAUUUGGCACACAGGUGUCUUAGACUAAUUCGUACAUGAAAUGCUUGCUGAUAUUGCUUGUACAAUUGCCCCAAAGGUCUCCUUUGUUAUAUGUCCCAGAUACGUCAUCGGUAAUUUAGAAUCAAUAGAGAUGUAGAUGAGUGAUUCUCCACUUUUUUUGUCUAGGGCUUCUCACAGGGCUUCUGUCCCAUUUUCAACUGUCUCCUUAAAAACUCUCUUCCUGCUGGAGCAAAACUAUCUUUGAUUUGACUCCAGCUAGCUAG